AUGAGACUUCUCAACACAGCAUCCCUAGAAAUCCAGGACUUCGGUCAUAUUAUCCCGCAUUAUGCUAUCCUUAGCCACACGUGGGAGAAGGAUGAGGUCCUCUUUCAUGACAUGAUCAACGGAACCGCCCACAAAAAGGCAGGAUAUAGCAAAGUACUGGGCUGUUGCCGUCUAGCGAAGGAGAGAGGCUUGAAAUGGAUAUGGAUAGACACUCUGUGUAUCGACAAGACUAGUUCCUCAGAGCUCUCCGAGGCUAUCAACUCCAUGUAUAAGUGGUACGAGGGGUCUACAAUAUGUUUCGUCUAUCUCUGGGAUGUGUACAACAAACCUGACCACACAAGUCUUUCCCGGUGGCCGGUCAGAACGGCCGAUAUCCGUCGAAGUCGGUGGUUUACUAGAGGGUGGACUCUGCAGGAGUUGAUUGCGCCGAGGUAUGUCGAAUUUUACACCUUCGACUGGGUGGAGAUAGGCACGAAGAGGAGCCUGGAGAAACAGAUAUCUGAACGGACAGGCAUCCCGCAGCGGGUCCUCCGCGGGGAAAACCCUCUAUCACACAAUGUUGCAGAGCGGAUGUCCUGGGCGUCUAAGCGGGUGACAACGAGAGAUGAGGAUAUGGCGUAUUGUCUAAUGGGGUUCUUUGGUGUGAAUAUGCCGCUGUUAUAUGGGGAAGGUAGCAAGGCCUUUCUCAGACUGCAAGAACAAAUCUUGAAGCAAGAAGACGACUAUACCAUCUUUAUGUGGUUCCAGUCACACGAUUCUACGACAUAUCGUCAUUCUCCGCUUCGGGGAGCUUGGUGCUCGUCUCCGGCAGAUUUUCCACGAUUGAGUGAACCCGAUAACGUUUCCAACAAGAAAAUAUCUGCUGCAUCGGAAUCGCCACAAGCUGCCAUUAUAGAAAGGUUUGACACUUAUUUCUGGUGGAAUCUCACUCGUCGUUGA